UCUUUUCCCCUCUUUUUUCGUAACGUCGUCCAUCCAUCCAUCUGUUUACUUUGGUGCUAGUAACUCUUGAAACAUUCCAGCCCAUUUCAAGUCUCUUCGCACAGAGCCAGAGACAAACACCCGCUCAUCAUCAUGACGAUAAGUGUUUGGUACUACGAAAAUUGCCUCGACGGCCCCUAUAAUACCGUCCUCGACAUAUACUGCGCCAACUGCAACGCCCCACGCAAUUCAUACUGUACCGUCCAGGGUGUGCCCCCUCCGCGGUCGCUAUUUCAGCCGCCCAGAAAUGCCGCCGUCACAACCACCUCCUCUACCACGACCUACUCCUCCUCGUCUUCUUCGAGUUACCCGCGCCAAACAUCGAGUUGAUGAGAAGGUCACUCACUCUGACCUGCGGGUGAUGGUUUGUUUGUGCGUACCUGUAGGCAGGGCAGGGCAGGGCACCUAGUUUUGACUGUUCGCAAGUCUUGACGUGAGCAGCAGCUCGGUCUUGUGUAUCUAGCUCACAGGUUGACUUUCAUCCGAG